GUUUUGAUUAUGCCAUGCAUUGUGGCGGUUCGAUGGGGAGCAGGUCAGUUUUUGACGUGAGUACUGAGUACUUACCGGUUUAUAAAUACUGCGAGUUGAGACGAGUUUGCGAAAUGCACUGAGAUAGUUGUAUAUGUGUGCUCUCAGCUCUGGUUCAGACUUUCAGAGUAGUUAGUUCGGGGAACCCCUUCGGGAGGAGAGUCAAAUAGUCGACAAUCGGACAGAGGAAGGAUAAGGACUGUUCUUGCUGAUUGCAUUUACGUGCCCCGAAGAAGAUGUCGAUCGCGUUAGAUUUCAACGAAUUUCUAGAGAAAGCAACAGAACCGAAGCAACGCGAGCCGAAUCAUGUUGCGAUUAUUCGUUUAUGUGAGAUGAUCGAUGACGAAAAAAUAAGACCAGAGAAUGCAGUACAAGCCAUACACUGCAAAAUAAUCGAUGAAAAUCCUCAAACUGUUUUGUUUGCACUCAAGGUGCUAGAAGUUGUUUUUCUUAAGUGUGGAAGUAUCAUCCACAAAGUGAUUUGCACACCAGAGUACAUGAGCCUAUUGAAGGAUAUUAUAACAUCAACGGAACACAAAUCUAUAAAAGAUGAAAUUAUACGGUUAUUGGAAAGGUGGGCAGAUUUGUUCAAGUAUUUUCCGCAGUACUCUGAGCCACAGAGAUUACUCGAGUCAUUGAGACCUAAUGCCGAUGGUUCGACUAAUGGGCAACACAAUAAUAGGAAUGCUAGAUUAGAGCAGUUUAGAAAGAAUUAUGGACUCCAAUCAGACAGUUGUUCAAGCACAGUUAUGAUUGAUUCAAGAAAAUUAAAUGACAACAAUAUGAAUUCAGAAAAAACUGACACAUCUUUGAGUGAAAAAGAAAAUGAAUUUGAAUCAGCAUUGCAUGAAUACCAAGCAAAGAAAAAACAAGACUAUAAACGAUUUUUAAAAUCUCAAGGUAUGCCUACGUCUUCAGAUGAAGAAGAAGAUAACGCAGCUAGGAAAAGUGAACAAGCUUGUGCUUCCAGCAUGAAUGGAUGCCAAGAAAAGUGUAGAAAUAAACACUUAGAUAAAUCUCACAAAUUACCAAAAGAUUUGGAGAAUAUUAAAAAACAAAGACAUCGUCUAAAUGCAGAAGCUCAAGCAGUCAGAAACACUAAACACCAAAAUUUCUUAGAUGAUUGUGGCAAUAGUUCUGUAGAAUUGAGUCAGUGCCAAGAUAGCAAUUGUAAACAUUGUGGAAGGUAUAAAAAAAAAUACGAACCUGAAGAAACUGUAGUAACCAAACGUUGGCCUUUAGAAAUAAGAAAAAUCAAAGAAAGUAAGGAAAAGCUCAAAAACGAUUAUGAAGAUUACAAAAAAUUGAAAAAAAAAGCUUACUAUGGUCACGAAACUGAUACAGGCAUGGGUCAAGAGUUAGGAAGUACUUCAGUAAAGAAAUUGUUAACAAAAGGAAUAAAUGAAGAAGAAGAGCAAUUAAAGCGGGCCAUUUUCUUAAGUCAAAUGGAAAAUGAACCUCUUAUUGGUCAACACGAUUAUCUUGAAGAUGAGGAUGGUCUUCAGCUAGCUAUAGAUAUGAGCAUUGCUGAAGCAGAAAACAACCGUGUUUCCCCUGUGCCAAAUUCAGAUGAUGGAGAUUUAGAGCGAUCUCUUGCUAAGCAACUAUGUUUAAACGAAACUAAUACGAAGAAAAUAGAAACUGACGAUUCGACUAAUAGAAAUAUUGGGCUAUGCAUAAUAUGUCACAAUAAAAACUUUUUGAGACGAUUUGAACCCUGUAAUCACAGGUGCAUUUGCCACGAGUGUGCUGACAAAUAUAAUUCACAAAUGUGUCCUUUUUGCAAACAUUAUUAUAGUACCAUAUCAUGGAACAUGUAAAAUAUUCAUAAUGCAUUUUCAUAUUUUUUAUAAAAAAAAGGGUAACGUACGUAUUAUUAAAAAAAAAAAAAAUGAAAAUGUUAAGUGAAGUUUGUCUUGUCAGUGCAACACAUAAAUGAUGUACACACUUUGAUUACAAAAUGAUGUUUAAGAGAAUAAAGAAUUGUGCAUCUUUAUAUUUUUUUAUUUAA